GGCUGCCCCUCACUGUUCCUGGACGUCCACGGUUGUCUUGUAGCUGUUGCCAUCGUCCACAUGCGUUUCAUGGCCGACGUCUUUCAGAGGCUGCCGCUGCUGGUGCUGGUUGUCCUCCUGCUCCUCCUCUUAGUUGUCUUCCACGUGUGCAUCCUCGGCAUCGUUCCACGAUGUGGCCGCAGAAAACGGUCUUCGAAGAAGGGCGUCGUUAUGGAGGGGCGCCAGGGGAUGUGCAGGUCUGCAAGGGAUCAGGGUGGUAGCCAGCGGGCUGGGCAAAACCCGUGGAGAAGUUCAAGGUCGUCGGAGCGGUCUGGGUACGUGCACCUGCCACCGCACUUGCAACCUCUGCCGGAUACGUCCGACGAGGAGGCGGAGGGCAGACGGUCACGGACCGUGCCGCUGGGAAGCGGGUCCACCCAGGAGUGGGCGGCUACAGAGCUCGGUGGAAGCCGCGAUGGCGGUAAUGGGCAGUCGUACACCGAACUCCUCCAGCAGCGGUUGAGUGUUGACGAAGGUGAUGGCGGCGUGAAUCUGUCAUCCGGGCUGUGUAGCGGGAGGUCGUCGGCCACCUUGCAAACGGUCAUCGUCAACAACCAUCCCGACGACGACGGCGGGCAAUUGACAGUUGUUGCGCGGUCAUCGAAGUCUCCAGCGGUGGUCGGGGAGGCGUUGGGGAACAACAGGGAUCCUCCGAGGCAGCAAUACUGGUCGUCGUCUGUGUCGAGGGGUGCCUCGGCUCGCCCCCUGUGGAUGCAGUCUCCGUCUCCCCUGUCCGCCAGUUCGACUGCCGCCCGCCGUCGUGGCGAAUGCGGGGAGACGGAUUGUGGCAUCGCCGAUGUUGCUGAUGCACGUGACAUGAGGGAGAGGUUGAAGAAGGUGCGCGUCGACAGAGAAGCAGAAUGGUGCGGGAAGAAGUGGGACAAUUUGGUGCAGCAGUUCAGGAAGGUGCAUCACUUCCAACUUCCAAGGCUUAUCCGGGAAACAAGACUUUUCCAAUUAUCUGGGAAAGAGAGGUUGUCGAAGGGCUUCAAUUUCAAUAUGGAUCGUGUGGUUUACGACGAGAUACUGGGGUCGACUGCCAAGAGCCACACCAUAAACCCGAAGAACGUCGCCGACAUUGGUGCUCCAGGUGUCGUGCGUCUGCCGUUUGCCACUUCUGCGGAUCCUGAAUUUGUGGGCGAUGGGGAUGCUGGUGCAGGGCACGACGACGACGAGCACGGGUCGACGAGAGGUUCUUCUCAAACGACGGGAAGCCCUCCCGGUUUCGGCAAGAGGAAGAGCACGAGGCAGCAAACUUUCGAAGCAUUGCCGAAAUGCAUGGAGAAACACGGGGCUCUGGUGGUGUCGACGAUGGAGAGCAACAGCAAGCGGCAGUGCUCCAUCCAAAUCCGGCAGUGCAAGGCGUUGGAAGUGGAGGUCGAAGUGCAGAAAAAGCACUACGCUCUGCUGGAGAUAGCGAAGGCCAUCCGCGAGCGUUGGAGUCCGUGCUGCCAUCAUCCGGACGACGCGAAAGUGAGAGCCUUUUUGUCGUCGAUGUAGCCGUCGCCUGCCCGUCACGGACGUGACGGUUCCCGAUUGGUCGUGCUGGCCAGGGAAGUGGGUAGUGGUCCGAUUGGGUGGAUGACUCCUCCUGUCACAUUGCCGUCUGUUUCUUUUUUUGUUUUAUUUUUGGUGUUUCUCGUAGGCUAUUAUCUCUGAAUUUAUAUUGGCGCCAAUGAAGUGCAGUAUGCACUUCCUUUUUUUAAAUGAGGACUUCGAUUUGCUUUUUCUCUCUCCCUUUCUAUCUAUCUACUUGUCUCUCUCCCUUUGUCUCUUUGUUUUGGUAUCUUUCCCCCCCCCCCCUUUCUNUCUCUCUCUCUCUCUCUCUCUCUCUCUCUCUCUCUCUCUCUCUCUCUCUCUCUCUACCAGCAUGUGUUUCGUUGUCCUCUCCCCGAAUGAAAUGCAAAAGUGUAA